CACUCGUUUCCUUUUUUUGGUCUUAAAUUUGAUUGUCUCUGCGAAGAAAUGUAUUUUAAGUCAAUCAAGACUUUUCGUUAGUAAAUGCGAUACUGUUAGAAACUGUUUGGCUCCUGCUUCAAAAUUCCACGUAAUUGCACGGAGCAACUGACUGCUUUGGCAACUAGCCCACUGACCAACCACGAGCCCUUUUCGGGAGAAGGGGUACGUUCGCUGGACAAGGACACCCCGGGACACGGAUAUUGAAAGGAGAAGGCCGCAGGACUGAACCGUCGCAGUUGAGGGCGGGGAACGGGAGCAGCAGCCAGCAGUAUGACACAGAGCACCACGCCGACGGGAUUCAGCGGGAACCGCAACCGCUACUACAACCCCGUCUCCAAGAUCCAGUCGCUCAUCCACAACCUGGAUGCGGAGCUGGUCCAGCUGUGCAAGCAGUGCUCCGUGCCGAAGCCCCUGAGCAGCCACAACAACAACAGCAUGAGUGGAAGUCCCUAUGCCGCGACCUUCGGAUCGUUGGGCGGCGGUUCCAGCUCGCUGGGCACCAGCAGUAUGGCGGCCAGCCACUUCCGUCCCGACAGCAUCAGCAACCUGCUGGCCCGCGCCCGUGCCGCCAACCCGACGACCAGGACCACGCCCAGUUCACCGAUGGCGCCGGACGCCCAAAAGCGCCAGAUGCGCAAUGUCUACCGAACCCGUGUGAUCGACGCGUACCGCAACCGGCGGAUCUUCACCGUGUACGGAAACUACCACACGGUAAGACGGGCUCUGAUGCGGAGGGGCUGGCUGGAGAAGCUGCCGGCCUCCCGGCACGCCAAGCUGCAGAGCAUGUCCGAGGACGCCCUGCUGGACCACGCCCGUCGCGGCAACGACUACGAGGCGGUGGUCAUCUCCAAGAUGAUCAACCACUUCCCGGCGUUCUUCAUCUGGCAGGGCAAGGGCCAGCGGGAUCUGUGCGCGGAGGUGCGGCCCUUCCGGAACCGGGUGCGCCGCAGCCAGUUCCUGGACUUCUCCACCAAGGUGGGCCUCGUGGGCUGCGCCGAGCAGGAGCGCUGGUAUCGCGAGGACGGCGUCUGCGGGAUGAGCCACCCGCGCUUCUACCGGCUGGGCGGGAACAACCUGGAGGAGCGCAUGGCCUUCAUUGAGGACUACCAGCAGACGCAGGCGCGGUCGCUGCUGCUCUACGUGAAGGAGCACCAGCCGGUGGAGAUGAUCAGCGAGAGUGGCAACAUAUCCAGCACCACCCUGGACUUCGCCCUCGGGAAGGUGAAGAAGAUGGUGCGCCACGCGGAGCACUACUCCCUGGACGAUGCGCGCAUCAAGCCGCCAACGCCCGCCGAAAUUGUGGAGAACCAGACGUUCAUGGUGCAGUCCACCGAUGUGCUCAAGUCCAACGCCAAGUUCAGGAUCAGCGAGAAGGUGAUGACGGAGUACGCCCGUCUGGCGGGGCUCUACCUCGACCAGAUCGAGUCGCUGCGACCGGACUAUCGGUGGGACGGCAGCCGUAACCUGUGGAUCCUCAAGCCCGGCUACCAGUCGCGCGGAAUAGGCAUCGUCAUACGCAGUUCCCUGGACGACAUCCUGCAGUGGACAUCGAACAAUCAGAACAAGAAGUACAUCGUCCAGAAGUACAUAGAGCGACCCUUACUGAUUUACCGCACCAAGUUCGACAUUCGGCAGUACAUGCUGCUCACCAUCACGGACACGAAGGUCAGCAUCUGGACGUACCGCGACUGCUAUCUGCGCUUUAGCUCGCAGGAGUUCACCAUGGACGACCUGCGCGAGUGCAUCCACCUGACCAACAACUCGGUUCAGAAGCGGUACAAGAACAAGACCAACCGGGACUCGAGGCUGCCCAAGAACAACAUGUGGUCGCUGGACCAGUUCAAGUGCUACCUCCGCCACAUGGGAGCCUCGGAUGGGACGUGGUCGAAGACCUACAACGGAUUCAAGCAGAACCUGGUGGCCGUUGUGAUGGCCAGCCUGGAUGAGACGGAGCUGCUGCAGAACGCCUUUGAACUCUAUGGCUGCGACUUCAUGCUCGACGAGCACUACAACCCCAUUCUGAUCGAGAUCAACUCGACGCCGGAUCUCUCGCCCUCAACGGAAAUCACGGCCAGGAUCUGUCCCAUGGUCCUGAAGGACUGCAUCCGCGUGGUGGUCGAUCUGCCCAAGAACCCCACCGCCGGCACUGGACUCUUCGAGCUGGCCUUCGAGGUCAACUACAGCAUCAACAAGGGCGCGGAUGGCAAGCCGCUGGAGCUGAAUGGCAAGCAGAUGACCCUCUUCGAGAACAUGCCCAAGAUGCGGAACAGCCCGCGGACCCGACUCCUCCGCAAGAUCUUGAACAACGUGAAGACCUCCACCGGCAAGAAAGUGGAGAAGGUCAAGGAGGCUCAAGCCAAGAAUGUGAAAACUGCCGUUGCCAAGAUCUCCAGAAAGAAGAAAAUGGUCACCUCUGUCGGAAGUUCAAGCGCCGCCUCGGUCCAGCCAUCAUCGCAGAACUUGGUGCCCAAGAUCGCACUAAAUCCAACAACUCGUGAGAACCUGGCACUCCAGUACACUGCUCCCAAGUGAAGCUGGAAAAAAUUGCAAGUAUGCAUGGAUCACCGGCUUACAGUGAGGAGUUCGUGACAUUCAUCAUAUAUAGUAUCAGAAGAAAUUACAGAACUGUGUUAGUAGUAUCUAUAUGUAUGGAUAUCGGCAAACUGGAUUCAUAUAACAAAGAAGGAAAUUAACUGAUCCCCGCACAGUGCUCGCAAAUAUAAAAAAACUUUCCCUGCAAAAACAAAGUGCUCCAUCUAUGUGGGAACGUUUCCCCAUGCAAUAUCCCGAGAGCCGUGGAAAUAAAUAAUUCUCAACUAACUCAUCAAUUCCUAAAUCGAUUUAAGUUUAUUGAAUAGCUAAAACAUUUGGUAUACAAUAACAUCCGCAAGAUUUGAUAACGAUAUUUCUAAUAAACUCGUCUUAAGAAUUA